AUGAGUGAGGACGACAAACGCGAUUUUUCUUCGUUAGUGACGAAGCUUGGUGAGAUGGUUACAUUGCUCACAGAGACUCAAAAAGAAGCACAAAACUAUUUAGAAUUUAUAGGUCAAGACAGCACUCGAAAAUUGCCCAACGAAACGACGCAGCAAGCAAUCGACAAGAUCGAGAAUUUAUUAAAUAAUAUAAAUAACAUUAAUGAGAAGCGAAAGAAUGUUAUUCAAGUCAGUGAGAAUGCGAUAGGAGUGAUCAAGACUACACUUUCCUUUGUCGAAGAUUUGGUUAACACAAGUAAACAGAACGAAACUCGAGACGCUGAGACUAGCAACGAAUUAAUAAAAAAGGUCAUCUAUCUUGAAGAAGAGAAGAUGAAAGAAGAAAUUAAGCCGAAGAACGACUGGAUUCUGAACAGGAAAAAAGAAUUUGAAGAGCGAAGAAAGCAACUGGAGACGUCUUUUUUGAACACAAACCUCUUUGAAAAAACACACGAAAUACUUUCAAUUGCCGACCUUCGAAAAAUCGAAGAAUGGACGUCGAUGAAAGCAACGGACGUCAUCUUCGACUCGUUGACAGACAACUUCGAGAAGACCAAAAACGACUUUGCGGAAAAGGUAUUUAAUCAAGAGAGUAUAUUAUUGGUCAUCGAAGAUACAAAAGGUAACAAAUUUGGGGGUUUUGUUAAGACCAAAAUUAAUGAAAGAGAGAAAUACCUUUACGACCAAAAUGGAUUUGUCUUCUCGUUGGUUUCCAAGACUAAACUCACUACCCCUACCAAGUUUUUAUCGACUGACCAAAACUCUCAGUUUAUGUUAUAUGGCGACACAAAUGAAGAGUUGUGUGGUGUUGGUGGAGGACAUGAUAUCGCUUUAUUCAAAAAAGGAAGCGGACAGUGUUACUGUGAUCAAUAUUCAUUCGAUUAUAAAGGAAUGUCAAAUGUGCUGUGCGGUUCACAGAACUUUGUGCCGAAGCACUUCAUUGUCGUACAAAUGAAAGAUCUUUCGGAAGUACAGAACAAUGUUAUACAACAAGUGUAA